AACUUUUUAAAAAUGAACUCACGUAAUGCAAAACGUGGAUGCGACUCAAAACACGUCUCAAAAAAUGUGUCUCAAUACGAUGACUUGCUUGAAUGGCUGAAAAAUCAUAAAAUUCCAACUGAAAAAUUAAAUAAGAUUUUCUCUGAUGCAGUUUUGAUGGCUAAGUUAUUAAAAGACAUUGUACCCAAACUAGUCGAUAUUCAUAACUAUUCUGGGUGCCAUGGGUAUCAGUCUAAGCUGGCUAAUUGGGAAACGAUAAACAAUAAGGUGUUUAGUAAGCUAAAUAUGAAACUUAGCAAAUCAAAGUUGGAACAAUUGGCAAAAUGCGAGACGGGUAAAAUUGAAGUUCUGCUUACAAAAGUAAUGACAUUUGAAAAAGAAUUGCUUUCAAAUGUAAAGAAGUCUAUUUUAGAAGAAAGUUCCUCUAUAGAUGAGAAAUCUAUUUCCGAGAAGUCUAUUGGAAAUGCAGAAAUCAAUGUAAUCAACACUGAAGAGGUUGAGGCUUCCACUGUAGAGGUGCCAAAGAAAAUGAUCAGUUAUGCAGAGUAUGAGGAAUGUGUUAAGGAAUUAGCAAGAAACUUAAAGGAACUCACUGUGAGCGAAAAAAAAAUUCAGUCUUUAGAAAAUCUUGUGAAAAUAAAACAAGAGCACAUAGAUGAACUUACUAAAACACUAUAUUUAUUGUCCAACUCUUAAAAGUUGAAAAUCUUUUAAAAAUAGAAUAAAGUCGCAUAUAUUAACGAGAUUAAUGUACAUCUCUUGAACGGAUACCAAAGGUUUAAAGAAA